CAUAAUGUACAUUAUAAGAAUGGUACAAUUCAAUCGGUCUUCUGGCUAAAUAUUAGCGCUUUGUAUUGUGUUAUACUGGUAAAUGAUGCAUUGAUCUCGUAUUAUUUAUUAUGAACAGGAUUUUCCGCCUGUUUAGUUAGUUACAGGUUACAAUCAUUAGCUAAAGUCAGACCGUUCGUGGACAUCUUAAGAACAGACGAUCUAGGAUAAUGCUCGGAGGAAAUAUAACCAUGGUGUUGCGUUUUUUUUUAAUCAUAGCUUGGAUUGUUGUGAUAAUUUUAUGUUUUUCAAUCAUGGCUUGGAUUGUUGUGAAGAUUUCAUAUUUUAUCAGGAUCGUGAUACUCGUCAACAGAAUUCCAGGCCCACCUGCACUACCAAUUAUAGGUAAUGCCCAUCAAUUUGAGAAGGAACCUCAUGAUUUUUAUAUGCGGUUUAAGAAGUACUACGAAACGUUUCCGUCAAUUUACCGGUUAUGGAUUGGCCCCGUUCCAGCAGUCACUCUGUGCUCGCCAGAAAGUGCCGAGGUCAUCCUCAGCAGCAGGAAGAAACAUAUCAGCAAGGCCCAUUUCUACACUUUUUUUAAAACUUGGCUAGGUGAUGGAUUGCUGUUAAGCACUGGGAAAAAAUGGGAGGACAGAAGAAAACUCAUAACUCCAACAUUCCAUUUCGAAAUACUAAAUGAUUUUCUCUGCGUUUUCAACGAACAAUCAAAUAUUCUCGCCGAUAAGCUCGACGCGGCUACGAACCAAAAAUGCAUUGAUAUAUGUCCAUUGGUGUGUGGAUGUGUAUUGGAUGCUCUUUGUGAAACGGCAAUGGGUCAUUGCCUCGGCUCUCAAAAUAAUGCCGAAAACGACUACGCAAAAGCUGUAAAAAGACUAGCGGAAAUUCUCCAAGAGCUGUUCAAGAAGCCAAUGUACUGGAUCCCGGGAUUUUUCAAGAGAACGCAAGCGGGAAAAGAAUAUCACGCGUGUCUUGACAUAGUACAUGGACUCACGUCUAGGGUGAUAAGGUCUAGAUUGGAAGUCUUACAGAAAUCAGGCUUAGAUCAGGAAUUCAAUGGCAACUUAGGGGAAAGUCAGGAGGAACGUCCGGUAUUUCUCGACGUACUACUGAGAUCCCAUCUAGACAAUCCGGAGUUUACUUUUGAUGACAUUAGGGAAGAAGUGGAUACGUUUAUGUUCGAGGGUCAUGACACAACAUUCUCGGCUUUGUCAUGGGCCAUCAACAUAAUCGGGAACCAUCCAGGGGCCCAGGCGCAGAUUCACAAAGAGCUGGAUGACAUUUUCGGCAAUGAUGACCGCCCUGCGACUAAAGAAGACCUGUCUAAAAUGAACUACCUGGAAAGAGUAAUCAAAGAGUGCCUCAGGAUGAAACCUCCUGUCACAGCUAUUGGCAGGCAACUCGACGAGGAUACGAUGAUUGACGGUUACCUUGUACCGAAAAAUGUAUUUCUGAUGAUAAGUCUGGACGCUAUUCACCACAAUCCCAAACACUGGAAAGAUCCCGAUAAAUUCGAUCCCGAUAGGUUCCUGCCAGAAAAUGCCGCCGUCCGACGGAAAUACGCGUAUGUGCCUUUUUCAGCAGGCAGACGUAACUGUAUCGGCCAGCGAUUUGGCAUGAUGAAAAUAAAGGUCAUAUUAUCAACGUUGUAUCGUCGAUUUCAUUUAAAAAGUUUACAAAAUGGCGACAGGGAAACCCGUCCAGUUUCUGAACUUGUGGUCCGUCCACAAAAUGGUCUCCAUAUUAAUGUGACCAGACGAAGUCGAUGAUACAGUCCCUAAUCAUGUUUAUCUUGAUAAUUUUCUACACGGCAUUCAUCAGCUCUUCAGUGGUUGGAAAGUACCGGUACUACAAGUACAAGUGUUCACCAAUUUUGUUGGCUGUCAAUAAGAUGAUUUUAGGAGAUGGAAACAAAUAACACUAACUGGAAAUAAUCUGUAACUGGAACAACACAAUCCAGAAACAACACAAAGCUGAAAUUAAGUUGAGCACACUAUGCUGGAAACAAGCUAGGAAUGAAAUGGAACUGAAAGUUAGGACCGCAACAACUGGAAACAAACUGAAAACAAUCUGGAAAGCCGGAAAGAAGCUUAAAUGAAGGUGGCGCACACCGUGAAAUAAGCUAGAACACAAGCUAAAGAGCCUACAACACAAGCUAAAGCAGCAACUCUAAUAAUUAUAAUAAUAAUAAUGAU